GCCCUUCUCCCAUUCCGAAGAGCUGGGGUUUGGUGAUUGCAAGGGAAAGGGUUCAGGCCAUUUGUCUUGGAAGUUUAACCUUAGGAAUUAGAUUGGCCGAGUGCUGAUCUUUUUGAGGUUACUUUUGCUAGGGAUAGCCCUACAAAUAACAGUAUUCGUGUUCGUGCAAAAGGUUUCAAAACUAUAGAAUGACUUGUAGCCCUAUGAUAGGCUUAAUAGUUGCGUUAUGUUUCAGCAGUGUUGUCCAUUGUAUGCCCAAACAUGCAACUAAAAGCAAAAGGCAGGCUCAGCAAGUAAUCCCUUUCGACGAAGCAUCGCUUUCUCAGGACGGCUGCCUUGAGGGCGAACGAUUUUUUAGAAUUAACGAACAAUGGGAGCGUCCGUACCUGGGCAGUACAUUGGUUUGCACUUGUCAUGGAAGUAGAGGAAUUAAAUGCAAAACUAAACCAGAAGCUGAAGAAACUUGCUAUGAUAAAAUCAAUGGACGGACCUAUCGCGUGGGAGAAACAUAUGAGCGUCCAAAGGAUGGCAUGAUCUGGGACUGUACUUGCAUUGGUUCUGGCAGAGGAAAGAUUAGCUGCACAAUUGCUAACCGGUGUCAUGAGGGAGGACAAUCUUACAAGAUUGGAGAUACCUGGAGGAGGCCACAUGAGACAGGGGGCUACAUGCUGGAGUGUGUUUGUCUGGGAAAUGGAAAGGGAGAAUGGACCUGCAAACCUGUUGCUGAGGGAUGCUAUGACAACACUGCUGGCACAUCUUAUGUGGUUGGUGAGAUAUGGGAGAAACCCUACCAAGGCUGGAUGAUGGUAGACUGCACCUGUUUGGGAGAAGGAAAUGGACAUAUCACCUGCACUUCUAGAAACAGAUGCAAUGACCAGGAUACUAGGACUUCUUACAGAAUUGGAGACACCUGGACCAAGACAGACGCUAGAGGCCACAUUCUUCAAUGCAUCUGUACAGGAAAUGGUCGAGGGGAAUGGAAAUGUGAAAGACAUGCUUCUCUGCACACUUCAAGCCUUGGCACGGGUUCUCAAGUGGUUACUAGUGUUCAGACCACUGUACAUCAGCCCCUGCCCCAGCCAGAGCCUCCGACAGAGGGAACCUGUCUGACUGAUUCAGGUGUUUCUUAUUUCGAGGGGAUGCAAUGGAUAAAGACACAAGGAAGCAAACAAAUGCUUUGUACAUGCUUGGGUAAUGGAGUGAGCUGUGUGGAAUGGGAUGGUCAGUCACAGGUUUAUGGUGGCAACUCAGAUGGGCAGCCUUGUGUUUUCCCAUUUGUAUUUAUGGGUAAGUCCUACUACUCCUGUACUUCUGAGGGACGCAGUGAUGGACAGCUGUGGUGCAGCACCUCCUCCAAUUAUGAACAGGACCGUAUGUACUCCUUCUGCACACAGAAGAAUGUGUUGGUAACAACAAGAGGUGGCAACUCCAAUGGAGCUUUGUGUCACUUCCCUUUCUUGUACAAUGGGCGCAAUUACACAGACUGCACUGCGGACGGAAGAAGGGAUGGGAUGAAAUGGUGUGGCACCACCAGCAAUUAUGAUGGUGACCAGAAGUUUGGGUUCUGCCCAAUGGCAGCUCAUGAGGAGGUGUGUACCACUAGUGAGGGAGUUAUGUACCGUGUUGGUGACCAAUGGGACAAGCGACAUGAUGUCCUAGGACACAUGAUGAGGUGUACAUGUGUUGGAAAUGGACGUGGUGAAUGGAGCUGCAUUGCGUAUUCACAGCUGAGAGAUCAGUGCAUUGUUGAUGGCCUGACAUAUGAGGUGAACCAGACCUUUACUAAACGUCACGAUGAAGGCUAUAUGAUGAACUGUACAUGUUAUGGACAAGGCCGUGGCAGAUGGAAAUGUGAUGCUAUUGACCAGUGCCAAGAACCAGAGACUCGAGUGUUUUACCAAGUUGGCGAAUCCUGGGAUAAGGUUAUCCAUGGCAUCCAAUAUAAGUGUUACUGCUAUGGGAAUGGAAUUGGAGAGCUUAGCUGCCUACCUUCUCAGCCUCACAGUGGCACCUCUGUGAUUUCCAUUGCUGAAGCUGGUAAUCCCAAUACACGUCCUCUCCAGUGGAACUCGCCGCAGUCUGCUCACAUCGUCCAGUACAUCCUUAAGUGGAGACCGAAAAAUGGACGUGUUCUCUGGAAGGAGGUGGUUAUUCCUGGACACCUCACCUCCUACACCAUUGAAGGCCUAAAGCCUGGCAUCACUUACGAGGGUCAGCUGAUCAGUAUCCUGCGUUAUGGACGGAGAGAGGUCACACGAUUUGACUUCACCACAACAUAUGGAUCCUUGUCCACAUCGGAGGGUGAGACGACACCUCCCCCCCCUGUGGUAGAUACUUCAGAGUCUGUGACUGAGAUCACUUCAAGCAGUUUUGUGGUGUCCUGGGUGUCUGCUUCAGACACUGUGUCAGGUUUCAGGGUGGAAUAUGAGCUCAGUGAAGAAGGGGCUCAGCCGAAAAUCCUUGACCUGCCUCAUACUGCUACUUCUGUCAACAUUAAUGACCUGCUGCCUGGUCGUAAGUACAUUGUGAAUGUGUUUGAAGUCACAGGGGAAGGGGAACCCAAUCUCAUUCUUUCUACCACCCAGACAACGGCUCCUGAUGCACCAUCUGAACACCUUAUCGAUGAUGUGGGAGAAACCUCUAUUGUCAUCAGAUGGUCCAAGCCCCUGGCUCCUAUCACAGGAUAUCGUGUGGUCUACACCCCUUCAAUCGAAGGGAGCAGUACUGAGCUUACACUACCUGAAACAGCCACCUCAGUAACCUUGAGUGACCUGCGUCCUGGUCUGCUCUAUAACAUCAGCAUCUAUGCAGUUGAAGAGAACCUAGAGAGUGAGCCGGUCUUUAUUCAGGUUAACACUGCGGGGGAUCCAUUGCCAGCACAAGUCCCAUCACCCACAAAGUUGCAGUUUAUGGAAGUUACUGAUGUGAAGAUCACCCUUACAUGGACACCUCCUUCAAGCGAAGUGUCUGGGUAUCGUGUAACAGUCACACCAGUUGGUCUUCCAGGCAGUGACAAUGAGGGGCGUCAGUUGCCAAUGACUAGGAACACCUAUGCUGAAAUAGCUUCACUCCAACCAGGCACCACCUACCGCUUUCACAUCUAUGCUGUCCAUGGAGGUGUGCAGAGUGAGCCAUUAGUGGGAGAACAGAGCACCAAAAUUGAUGCUCCUACUAAUCUUCAGUUCACAAAUGUGACAGAGGACGGUGCUGUUGUUGUUUGGAGUGCACCAAUGUCCAAAAUUUCAGGGUACCGUCUGUUGUUGAGCAUUAGUGGGGAGCGCCCUGAACAGAAGAAGAUACCACCAAGGCUGACUCAGUAUUCUCUCAUAAACCUUCGACCCAACACCAAAUAUACGGUUACUCUUUAUGCAGAGAAGGACGGCGUGCUAAGUGAGGCUAUCACCAGAUUGCUUACUACUUUGGAGUCUAUGGGAAGUGCUCCACGUUUCAGCACAGAUGUAACAGAUACUUCAAUUAUCAUCGCUUGGACCCCUGCACCGAGAAUUGGAUACAAGUUGACAGUUAGGCCAAGCCAGGGUGGUGAAGCUCCCAGAGAGGUGACCUCUGGCUCGGGCAGCAUCGUCAUCUCUGGAUUGACUCCUGGAGUAGAAUAUACCUACAGUAUCCAGCCCCUGGUUGAUGAGCAGGAGCAUGGUACCCCCAUCACCAAAAAAGUCAUCACGCCACUCUCUCCACCUACUGACCUGAAACUGGAUUCAAAUCCUCACACUGGAGAGCUCAUAGUUUCGUGGGAGGGUACCAAAACAGCUGAUAUCACUGGAUACAGAGUUACCUGCACUCCAAAUGGGGGUCAGCGAGGCAACUCCCUGGAAGAAUUUGUCAGGGCCGGGCAGAACUCCUGCACAUUGGACAACCUGAGUCCAGGUGUUGAAUACAAUGUCAGUGUGUACACUGUCAAAGACAACAUGGAGAGUGAACCAGUCUCCAAGAUUGUCACUCAAGAUGUCCCUAAGCUUACUGACCUCAGUUUUGUCGAUGUCACCGAUACGACUAUCGGACUGAGGUGGACCCCGCAUAACUAUACUGCUAUAACUGGCUACCGCAUUACGGUGGUUGCCGCUGGAGAAAGCGUCCCUAUUUUUGAAGACUUUGUGGAGCCCACAACAGGAUAUUACACUGUAAUGGGCCUGGAACCUGGAAUUGACUAUGACAUCAGCGUGAUCACUCUCACUGAGGGCGGCGAGAGUCAGCCCACAACCUUGACACAGCAAACUGCUGUUCCAACACCAACCAACCUUCAGUUCUUUGACAUUGGUCCGGAUAGCAUGAAAGUGACCUGGACUGCACCCACAUCUGUUAAAAUUUCCAGGUUCAUGGUGCGUUACUCUCCUGUGAAGAAUGAGUAUGACAUCAAUGAACGUAAUGUUCCUGGCACAAGCAACAAUAUUGUGCUCCGAGGUCUUCUGCCUCAUACAGAAUAUUUGGUCAGUGUGGUCUGUGUUUAUGAAGAACAAGAGAGUACGCCGGUCACUGGGACUCAGAAAACAGCCCUAGACUCUCCCACUGGCAUUGACUUCUCAGAGGUUUACCCAAAUUCCUUCACUGUGCACUGGUUGGCACCCCGUGCAGUCAUUACCGGUUACAGGAUCCGGUACCAGAUGGCAAGUGGUGGGCGUUCCAAGGAUGAAAGACUGCCCCCUUCACGCAAUCAUUUCACCCUUACUGGCCUGGUCCCACAGACUGAGUACAUCAUCCACAUCUUUGCAAUCAGUGGUACGGAUGAGAGCCUGCCUUUGACUGGCCGUCAAUCAACAAUUUCUGAUGCUCCAACUGAUUUGAAAGUGGAUUCUUCCUCUCCCACAAGUAUAACCAUCAGCUGGGAGGCUCCUCCUGUCACUGUGAGGUACUACAGAAUCACGUAUGGAGAGACGGGAGGUCGCAGCCCUGUUAAAGAUUUCACUGUCCCUGGGUCCCAGUCAACUGCCACCAUUGGAAACCUGCAGCCUGGCACCGAUUAUACUGUGACUGUGUAUGCUGUCACUGGGCGAGGUGACAGCCCAGCUUCCAGCACUCCAAUCGCGGUCACUCACAAAACAGAGAUUGAGUCUCCUUCUGGAAUGGAAGUGAGAGAUGUAAAAGACAAUGCCAUUACAGUGAGGUGGACCCCUUCAUCUGGAUCAGUUACUGGGUACAGAGUUACAGGCAUUCCCAAAAAUGGCAUGGGGCCUUCAUUCUCUGAGGUUGUUUCUCCUGACCAAACAGAAAUGACCUUUUCGGGUCUGAUGCCAACAGUGGAGUAUGUGCUUAGUGUGUAUGCCCAAGGGCAGAAUGGAGAGAGUGCCCCUCUUAUAGAAAGCGCUGUAACAGGUGUUGACCGUCCCAAAGCCCUUACUUUUACGGACAUUGACACAACCUCCAUCAAAAUAGCCUGGGAGAGCCCUGAGGGCCAGGUGACUUCAUACAGAGUGACAUAUUCCAGCCCAGAAGAUGGGGAACGUGAGCUGAGGCCAGCCCCCCAUGGGGAGGAUGAUACUGCAGAGCUGCAUGGGCUGAGGCCAGGCACUGAAUACACUAUUAAAAUCAUUGCUCUGCACAAUGACUUGGAAAGUCAGCCUCUUGUUGGAACUCAGGCUACGGCAAUACCUGCUCCCACUGAUUUAAAGUUCUCGCAAGUUGCCCCAUCCAGCCUGACGAUAUCAUGGCAAGCACCUAAAGCCAGACUCACUGGUUACCGUGUGGUGGUCAAUCCCAAGGAUAAGACUGGACCAACCAAAGAGAUCAACCUGGCACCUGAUACAACCUCUGUUUUUGUCUCAGGAUUAAUGGUUGCUACUAAAUAUGAAGUAAAUGUCUAUGCCCUGAAGAGCUCUCUGACAAGCCGACCUGCUCGUGGAGAAGUUAUCACGCUGGACAAUAUAAGUCCACCUCGGCGUGUUAGGAUCUCAGAUUUGUCAGAUUCCUCCAUCACUCUCACUUGGCGUUCUAAAACAGAAACCAUUAGUGGUUUCUAUAUUGAAGCUACUCCAGCUGGAAGCCAGACCCCUAUUCAGAACUCUGUCCGCCCAGAUGCCAGGACCUACACCAUUACAGGCCUCCAGCCAGGCACUAUGUACACCAUUCACAUUUAUGCCAUGAACGGUGAAGCUCGCAGUGCUCCAUUCACUUUGACUGCCACCACAAAUAAGCCAGCAGUUGAGUCUCCAUCAAAUAUCAGGUUCAUUUCCAUCACUCCAAGCUCCAUUUCCUUCACUUGGGAGCCCCCACGUGCCAGGGUGACUGGCUACUUCAUCACCUAUGAAGAGGCUGGUGGAAGCCGCAAGGAAAUCACUCCACAGCCCCAUGCUGGCAUCAGUCAAGCUACAAUAUCUGGUCUGAGACCAGGCACAGAGUACAUCAUCAAGAUCAUUGCUUUACAGAAUGCUUUGAGAAGUGCUCCACUUGUUGGGAUUGCCCGAACACAACAUGAACCUCAGCUGCCAAAUCCCCAGCGACCAGUGCCUGAUAUCCUGGAUGUUCCAGAGGUGAUUCCCAUCAGGUUUGAUGACGACAAUGGCAUCCAGCUUGUGGGUACCAAUGGGCAUGGGCUAGGACAGCAGGGCCAGCACGUAUACAUUGAGAACCAGAGUCUGGGAAACUCUGGGCAUCAUGAUCAAGACAAUGAGACGGAUACCACCCAGGAGGCCCAGUCACAGACUACUAUUUCUUGGAAUCCUCUGCAGCAAACCUCUGAAUACCUAAUUUCUUGCCACCCUUUGGCCCCCAAUGAGCAGGUGUUCCAGUUUCGUGUGCCAGGAACUUCCACUAGUGCAACCCUUAAUGGCCUCACAUCUGGAGCUUCAUAUAACGUCAUUGUUGAGGCCCUGAAAGGAGGGCUGAAGCAUAAGGUUUUGGAGGAAAUCAUUACAGUAGGAAAUGCUGAAGGGGUUCCCACAAAAGAUAUGUGCUAUGAUACUUUCACCGCAACAUACCAUGAAGUUGGAGCUGAGUGGGAGCGCAUGUCAGAAACUGGUUUUAAGCUGUGGUGUACUUGCUUAGGCUUUGGCAGUGGCCAUUUCAGGUGUGACUCAUCCAAGUGGUGCCAUGACAAUGGGAACAACUAUCGAAUUGGUGAGAAAUGGAACCGCCAGACAGAGAACGGUCAUAUGAUGAGCUGUACAUGCUUGGGUAAUGGCAAAGGAGAGUUCAAGUGUGAGCCUCAUGAAGCCACCUGCUAUGAUGAAGGUAAAAUGUACCAGGUUGGACAGCAGUGGCAGAAGGAAUAUCUUGGAGCUAUCUGCACCUGCACAUGCUUUGGUGGACAGCAGGGAUGGCGUUGUGAAAACUGUCGCAGGCCCUCUGCUGAAGUAGAUGUCUCCCUACCAUCCACACAGACGCACUUUUCUGACAGAUACAGGGACAACACUCUGAGGAAAGUUCACAUCAAGUGUCCCAUUGAGUGCACAAGGCCAGAGCUGCUUGCGGAUGCACAUGUUCCUGGAAAAUAAGAAGAGAAGCCUUCUUGAACUACAUCCAAAGCCAGUGGUGCCAUUGAGUUCUUAUCUGAAAACUGUAAUAACACCUCUGUGCCUUAUUUAAACAUAACACUGCUAUCAUUCCAAAUCACAGCUUUUCAGAGUAUCAUGAAGUGUUCAAUACUUGAAAAGUAUUUUUUUUCCUUUUUAAGACACUUUAAAAGCAUUCCCUGCAUAGCAUUUGUAAACCAAUAUAGUAUUCUUUAAAGCACGAUAGCCCUAUGGUCUUUUAGAUUUUUAAAUACACACUACUCCCAAAACCUCCUGAUAGGGACACAAAACUCCCCAACAGUGUCAUCCAAGACUAGUUAAAUCUACCGUUACAAUUCUAAAAUGCUGGACCCCAUUUACGUCCUUACAUUCUGUUUUGUACUAUUCCAUUUUAUAAAAUGCAAAGCAUCUUAAUGGGUCAUUACUCUUUUAAUUUGUUCUUUUUCUCCUUCAGCACCUGUUUCUUCAUUUUACUGGUGCAGCACUGUUUUUAAUGUAGUAGUUAACAGUUCUCUUAAGUAACUGUUUUUUCAUCCUGUAAUCUUACUUUGCUUGGAUAAAAGAGGGGUACAAGUGCACACCAAGAUGUAAACAAGAUUUUUUUUAUUAUUUUUAUAUUGUAGUUGCCAAAGCCAUUACUUCUGUGGACAGAAACCCCUUAUUAGUAAAGUUUUACAAGAACCUCA